UUCUCAAUCUUUCAGGGACGCUAAUUGGCUGCUGUGCGUGGUUUGCAGCGGACAGCCCGUGGCAAGGGUUUUUCAUCAGUGGCACAUGUGAGAAAAAAUGUGAACCCCUGGCCCUUGAGAACUUUUCUUUGCUGAGCUAGAGGGUUUUUAGCGUGGCGGCUCGGGAAACCUAACUCAAUCGGUAACGAGCCGGAAACUACAGAACCCAAAGCAUCUCGCGAUAUUUCACUUUCAACGUGAUUAACCCGAUAAUACGGAGGUCUCCUUUACUCUUCGUGUUUGUGAAAUGUCAUGUUUAUUAUAUGGCCGCCAUUUAUAGGGUGAUUUAAUUGGAACAGGAAGCUGGGGAAAUCGGGCCAUGGUGAGUGCUGUGUUGUGGUGAUCGCUGAGAUCGCUCAUACCGAGAGGCAAAUGUUCGAGAGAAAAUCUCGCUGUUGUAAAUGGAUUACAUCCACUCACACAGACCAAUUCCUACAGCACCAAGAAAGACCAAGGUUUUUGGUCUGGUCUGGUCCGAUAUCGAAAAUUUUCGUAAUGGGCCCAUUCAUUCCCGAUUGAUAUACCCAUCCCCGUUGACAUUUCAUUUUUUUACAUAACAGAGUCCUUUGCCAGCCCACUUGGUCUCGGUCUCUCUCUACUCAUCUCAUCUUACCACUCGGGCUCGUCUCUUUUCCCUUUUCCCAAGCGAGUCAUCCUGUCUUCUCCUCAUUAAUUGUGUGUAGCAUCAUAUCGACAACUUCAUUACAAGACAGUGACAAUCAUGCUCGUGGACUCUUCCUCAGUGGACGACAAGUCCCCUCGUGUCAGCAACGAGAAGAAGACCCCCUCCAAGGAAGAUGUCGAGACCGGCGAUGCUGGCCUCGACAGGGCCAUGAGCUCGCGUCACCUGCAGUUCAUCGCCAUCGGCGGCACCAUUGGAACAGGUCUCUUCCUCGGUGUAGGCCCAGCCCUCGUCAAGGCAGGCCCUGUGUCGCUCCUCGUCGCCUUCGCAUUCAUGGGCUCGGUCGUGUACUCCGUCAUGGUCAGCCUCGGCGAGAUGGCAGCGUACAUCCCCAUCACUGGAUCCUUCACCUCGUACGCCGCUCGCUUCGUCGAUCCCACGCUGGGCUUCGCCAUGGGCUGGCUGUACUGGUUCAGCUGGUCCAUCACUUUUGCACUGGAGCUCGUCGCGGCUGGAAUCAUCAUCCAGUAUUGGGACUCGGAUCUUAGCAUUGCUAUUUGGAUUAGUGUUUUCUGGGCGUUGUUUACCGCGUUGAACUUUGUCCCUGUUAGGAUCUUUGGAGAGAUUGAGAUGUGGUUCUCCAUGAUCAAGGUUGUCACCAUCAUUGGCUUCAUCAUCUUCUCCAUCUGCGUAAACGCUGGUGUUGGCGAGGAGGGCUACAUUGGUUUCAAGUACUGGAAGGAUCCCGGCGUCACAAACACCUACAUGGACAUUGACGGCGCCACGGGCCGCUUCGUCGGUUUCUGGGCUGUCCUUGUAACUGCUGGCUUCUCCUACCAGGGCACUGAGCUUGUCGGUGUAGGCGCCGGAGAGACUGCCAACCCCCGCAAGGCUAUCCCCCAGGCUAUCCGCUGGACUUUCUGGGGAAUCUUCAGCUUGUUCAUGGCGACCGUCUUCUUCGUCGGAAUCAACGUUCCCUUCAACGACCCCCGACUUGACUCUGGUGCGCAGGAUGCUUCUGCUUCACCUCUCGUCGUCGUCGCUACCCGCGCUGGUGUCAAGGUUCUUCCUGACAUCAUCAACGCCGUUCUUCUCUCUGCCAUUCUCACAGCUGCCAACUCAAACGUCUACUCUAGUAGCCGAAUCAUGGUCGCGCUCGCUGAGGAUGGCCUUGCUCCCGCUUUCAUGAAGCGCACCAACAAGUACGGUACUCCUUACUUUGCCGUGGCUUCAUGCUCCGUCAUGGGACUCAUCGCCUACAUCAACCUGUCCUCCAGCGGAGCCGAGGUGUUCAACUGGCUUCUCAACGUCAGUUCCACCUCGUGCUUCAUCACCUGGGUCCUCAUCAACGUCUGCCACAUCCGCUUCCAGAAGAUCAUGCGCGUACAGGGAAUUCCCCGCUCCGAGCUUCCCUACCUCGCUCCUCUCCAGCCUUACCUGUCCUACUACGGCGCUUUCUUCGUCAGCUUGAUCACCAUCACUUGUGGUUUCACCGCCUUCAUCGAUUGGAGCGUAGCCGAUUUCUUCUCCAACUACAUCAGCUUGAUGCUUUUCGCCGCGUUGUAUAUUGGUCAUAAGCUCAUCUGCCGCACCAAGGUUGUUCCUCUGGCUGAGGUCGAUCUGAGCAAGGGACGAGAGGAAAUGUAAACGAGAUUCGAUUCGGAGUUUUGGGUGUUGGAAAAGUAGCAAAAGUUUUGUGUCCUUUUUGGCGUAUAGCAGUUAAUAGUUGUAAUGAGAGAUAUGAUACCCCGAAUACUCGAGUCUCGUCCGUGAAGUUGAAUGUAUAGCACUGUAGAAUGAGAAUCGAUAGCCUGAAGUCAGGGGAAGGAUAAUAAUAAAACGGACGUCAAAGGUCAGGGGGGCAUCGAUGGCUUUAUUGUAGGAGGAUGAAUUUAUUUUACGUCAAGCGGUGGCAUGAGACCACGGAACGGCACUCUUUUUUCGGUAAAAGCAUCAAAUUAUUUGGUAAUUUUUUAUUAGCAGCAUGUCAAGACAUGGCAAAGGGCGUUGCAUCUUGACACGAUGGGACCCAGUUGACAAUGACAAGACAUGAUAAAGGGCGUUGUCAAGGCGGGUCCUUUUUCCUUUAUCUUAUCGUUUGACAAGCUUUGGUGGGACCGGAUAAAGUGAUGGAGAAGAAUCAUGCUAUUCAUUUUAUUUAUAGGGUUUGUUAAAUGGGAUUCCGUUUAUUAUGGUUAUUUUUUAACGGCUCAACUGUGGU